AAUCACUCCUCUAUCUUUCUCUAUAUACUAGGAAGUGUAUGUGCGUAUGUGUGGGUGUGCAUAUGCGUGUGCGUGUGCGUGUGCGUGUGGAUAUGUAAUCGUUUUGAAAUCGUUUUUCCUUAUAUGCCAUUUUUUUUAUACGAAGAGAAGAUAUAUAAAAAGAGAUAUAUAUAUACUAACGCAUACAUAUGUGCAGCGUGGGAGAAGGAUAACAUGCGCCGGCGCGUCGUCGAAGCGCAUGCUCCGAAAUCGACACAACAAGGUUCGGGGCUUGGGGUUAAUAUUCGCUCGAGUAGGCUAGCCUAGCGUGGAAGAGAGGCCGCAGGUGGUCGAUCGUUACCGAGAGGUAUACCAUAGCCCGGGGACUGUAACGUCCUUUGAAUUUCGUUGUAGGAGGGUUUGACAAGGCAAACUAAGGGGGAUGAGGGUUCCUUGACUGGCUUUUGUGAGAGUGGUAGUGGCAAGUGUACUCGUUGUUGGUGCUAGAUAUACAAUCAGUACAAAGGCAGUCACGAUCAGACAUACUUCGCACGCGGUUACAUGCUUCUCGAGGAAGAAACCGCAUGCCACCUGUGGCACAUUUACGUCGCGUGACCAGAAAUUAGUUAUGGUUACGAGUAUUUUAUCUUUAAAGGAAGAGGAAUAAGGAUUUAAAUGAUGGGGAAUAUAAGAAGUAUUUGUCGUUUUCAAAGAUAAAUGUAAUAAAAGAUUUCUGAAGAUUACAUUGAUUUUGAGAACAAAAGAGAAAAUUAUUUCAAUUAUUAUGAUGACCGAGAAAACGAGCUUAUCGUUUCAAUCGCCUACGAUGGAGGAGCACGAAAGAAAUCUGAUGACAGGAACGUUGGAGCAAAGAAAAGAAGCAUUCAAGGAGGACGAAGAACUCAUGAGAGAAACGACGAAAUUUGUGACGGAGGUUAUCGAAACAGCGGCCAUAGAAGCUUCCAAAAGGAAGGAACAAGAGGAGGGAGGUGACUUUGGCGAAGGCAGUAGUUUGAAAGGAGGCAAUACCAUCGCCGGCUGGAACAACCGAGCCCGUGGCUUCUGCAAUCGAAUUUUGAACGCACUUUGCCCGUGCUUCAGCAACAAUGAACUAUUCAACUGGACACCAUACCGAUAUCGCUUCACGAGACCCUAACCGUUCACCGACGGCACGAACUUCCGUUUCUUCGUUGAAUGAACGAGGUCCCGAGAAUUGUUACGAGAAAUCGACACCGAGAUGACGAGCCUAUUUAAAUCAUUCGAUGACAAAAUAAAUAACGUAAUGUCAAUUUUUGACGUGAUAGUCGGAGACACUCUGAUUGCGAAUAAACACGUCUUAUGUGGAACUCCUUCAAACGAGAAUAGAUAUUAUUACGGAUAUCGAUGUUCCUCUACGUUUGAAAAUCUUUCCAAUCGCUUUACGAUGAUUAGGGAAUAUUCGAUAAGGAGAAAGGGGGGAGGGAG